GUUAUUUACAAAUAUAUGAUGAUUUGUUAUCCUGUAAUAAUAUCGAACCAUCAUCCUUAUAUUCAGGAAAAAAGUUUGCUACUUGGGAAUUGUGUGAAUCUUUCCUCAAUGAAUGGGUGAAGUUUCAAGGCUUUCGUAUAAUUAAAGAUCAUGUUCAGCGUGAUAAUGGAAAAUAUCCUACACAACUGAUUUAUUCGAAAGAUUUAUAUGCAGCUAUACAAAAAUUUAGACCUAAUAGUAAAACGUUAUCCAAUGAUGCUGCAAAGAAUGCUUUUGAACAAUACUUUAAUAAGCUCAUACAAGAUUUUCCUAACGCUAAAAGUUACUUGGAAUUCUUUUACAAAUUAAAAGAUCAUUGA